AUGUGGGUGGAAGGAAUCGAGCUGAAAGACCCCUCGAAGGUUGGAAAGGUUGACUGCCUACGUCUGUUGAAGCACUGGCGCACCCUCCAGGAAGGACCGCUGGGCCCCCGAGCAUUCAAGCUCAGGGGUUAUAUUAAAGAAAACAAGUCAGCCAGCGGCGAGCAGGUUGUUGCGGCAGAUCUGUACGAGGCCUAUCUGAAGAUGUGCAAACUGCGCUUCGACUCACAUCAGAGGAUGAGGGCAGCUAGCUCCGCCCAGCACGCCGAUGACCCGCCUGACGUGGCUUCCCCCGAGACCUCCGGUCCUGGAAGGUUACCAGGGCAAAAGAACAUCAUUCCAGAGGCCGACGACGCGGUGGAGCGCAUUGAUGAAUCUAAGACAGCAAAAACGGCCAAGACGGGUAAGGCGCGCAAGGCGGCCAGGAGCACCAAAGCGGCCACCGCGUUGAAAACAGCCAAAGCGGCGAAGUCGGUCACCAAGAACGAUCGACGCAUUGCUCUCGGAAUGUCGAAGAAGCAGUUUGGGAAAACAAGACGAAUGGAAGCCUCUGACGACAGCAGCGGGGAAUCCGUCACCGAUGAGGACUCCUGGAGCGGUGGGUCAGAAACCGAGCCUGCCCAGUCCCCUGACGUUGUCGGUGAGUUGGAGGAGGACCGUGACGGGAGCGACGGGGAGAGGCAAAGCGAGGAGGAAUCUGUCAGCCCAAAGGCAGCCAAAAAGAGCCUGUUCCCCAACACUCCUCCCCCGGAAGGCUUAAUGCCUAUGGCACCUCUUGAUGUCGAGACGGUCGGUGGCCGUCUUGACUUCCUUCGAGGACUGAGCAAAGACAAGACGUACCUUCAGGCCAUCACUGCGCUGGAUGUAGGGAUGGAAAUCAGUCGCACGUUGGAUCUUGCUCGCCUUGCGAUCGAUGAUAUCCCUGGUAUACCGUGGGCGUCUUGGAGCUAUCAGGGAUGUCAUCUCCCUGAAGAGGUACAUUCCGAGGACGACGGUCUCUGGCCUCUUCUGGAUUAUCUCAACACCCCCUUCUACGGCAGCGACUCUGCAUCUGGGGGAGUGAAGUGGGAACGAGUGGAGCAGGCUCUCCUCGCAGUUGGCUUGGCUCUGCGCGAUCUCGACAUCGUUCAGUUUCCAUUUGAUCCUGACGAGGAUGAAACAUCGUCCAUCCAUCCCAUGUAUAUGUAUGCGUCCAGCCUCACUUUCAAGACGGGCACCGAACUUCUUGGGCUGAUUGCACCCCUAUCAACGUUGUCUUCGUCACCCUUGGAUCGUGCUGCAAACAAGACAACAAAGGUUCUUCCUCGCGCCAAAAUCCGUGCAGCACCAGCAACCUCAUCCACGGCCCCAGUUCCAGACGGGGCCUUGGCCAGUAACGCGGUCCGACCUGAGGGCCAGAAGCAGAUGCAGAAGCAACAUAACGGUUGGCGUAGCCGCCCUGUGUUGGCUCCCAUUGGAUUCGGAUCUAUUCCGCUUCGUGUUCCGGGCCUGGCAGACCCUGCUCACGUCGCUAAUCCUCGAAAUGCCGCGAGCCCCGCUUUGCCCGUCUUAGAGCAGGGUCCACCGUCUCAGGCAGCAUCUGGAUCUCGGAUUAGGGCUGGAAAGCCAUCGGGAGGUGGCAGCCCUCGUUUGGAUGUACCUGCACCGCCAUCCAACCCACGCAAGCGCAAGGUUGCUGAAGUGCAGGAACCAGCGCAGCCGGCGUCCAGUUCCAAACGCAGCAGGACGGAGGCUGCGCCUAUCUCACAAGACGGCGGUGUUCGCAAGUCAGGCCGUCUCGCCUUGGAAGGAGAGGAGGGCAGAGCGAGGGCGCGGGAGUUUACUAUCUCAAACUACAAGGCGAAGAAAAUGACAGUGUCUGCUAAGGCGACCAAGACGGCUAAGAUGGGUGUUAAGAAGUAG